ACCCACACAGCCAGUAGUGCUCCACUUGCUAGUCCACUCCUCUCUCAGUCGAGGCAAUGGCCUCCGCUUCCAGUAGCUUCCGCCUCGCUCUGUUCUUGGUUCUGCUGGCGUUUGUCAGCUUGGCACGGCACGCCACGGGGGAGGCCAGCCCGAGCAGGAGGCUCAUGGAGCUGUACAAGCCGCCGCCCAGCGAUCUCCUAAGGUACCACGACGGCGCCGUGCUGAGCGGCGACAUCCCCGUCUCCGUCCUCUGGUACGGCCGCUUCACGCCCGCGCAGAAGGCCAUCGUCACCGACUUCCUCCUCUCCCUCUCCGCCGCGCCGACGUCCCCUGCGCCUUCCGUCUCCCAGUGGUGGGGCACCAUCGACCGGCUCUACCUAUCGAAGGCGGCGGACGCGGCCGCCGUCGGGAAGAGCGGCGCGCACGGCGGCGGUGGUGGCAGGAAAGGCGCUCGGGUGGUCCUGGCCGGCCAGGUCUCCGACGAAGGGUGCUCGCUGGGGAAGAGCCUGACGCUCGCCCAGCUCCCGGCGCUGGCGGCCGCGGCGCGCCCCGCGAAGGGCGGCCUCGCGCUGCUGCUCACGGCGCAGGACGUGCUGGUGGAGGGCUUCUGCAUGAGCCGGUGCGGCCACCACGGGUCGUACGGCGCGCGGCCCCGCGUGGCGGCGGCGGCGUACGCGUGGGUCGGGAACCCGGGCACGCAGUGCCCCGGCCAGUGCGCGUGGCCGUUCCACCAGCCGCCGUACGGGCCGCAGGCGCCGCCGCUGGUGCCGCCGAACGGGGACGCGGGCAUGGACGGCGCCAUGAUCAGCGUGGCCAGCAUGGUGGCCGGCGCGGUCACCAACCCCUUCGGAGACGGGUUCUACCAGGGCGACCGCGCCGCGCCGCUUGAGGCCGCCACGGCGUGCGCGGGCGUCUACGGCAACGGCGCGUACCCCGGCUACGCCGGCCAGCUGCUCGUGGACGCGGCCACGGGUGCCAGCUACAACGCCAACGGGGCGCGCGGGAGGAAGUACCUGCUCCCCGCGCUGUACGAUCCCGACACGGCUGCCUGCACCACCUUGGUUUGAGCAAACGCGCGGCGCCGUGUUUUGGCAUCUGUCACCGUAGGUGGGCGGGGAUACAGUGAAGUGAUAAUGCGCUUGUGUUAGGCGCAUGUAUAUAUAUAAUAAUUAGAUGGAUACCCGUGCGUUACAAUAUAAACAUAUAAUACCAUGAUAUCAUAUAUAUGUUCAUAUGUUGUGCCGCUAAUCAAAAUUUAGCAAUCUCUAGAACUUGUGGUAGUCAUACUACAACAACAAAAUUAAGCCCAUGAAACAAAUAUAGUAGACGAGCUCUAUAUAAGAAAUAUUUUGAUACAUC